GUGCUUAUCAUCAGUGUAGGAGAUAGCCUAUCGGAUUAUGAGUUUUUGAGUCAAGAGCCUCUGAUACAAACACUGCAACUAAUGUACAUAGAGCCUGUUAACGAGACAGUGGACUUUGUCAGAUUUACUGCGGACGGUUUUUUUCCUGCGCUUCGUGGCAAAAGUUUAGGUACAGUGAAACUCGAAAUUCCGAGACAUCUGGGUAAUAUGACGGUUAGUAAAAAGCAACAAUAUGACCUUAAAUCUAAUUGCGAGGCGUAUUUUACUUCGGCGUAUGGAAAGGCAACAGAAUUAGAGAUGACAGACACUGACAUUUCUCAACUGUUUGUGGAUAGAACUCAAACAGGACUCAGUAUCUGUACGUAUGUGAUCAACACUAAUAACACGGGCGACUCGCUUGUUUAUGGACUCCCAACUUUGAUCAUCUAUUUGACUGAUCCCAUAUGGUCAACAUCAGCCUGCAAAAAUGACACGGAAUUUGUUUGUGACGGCUUUAACAGCUCUGCAGUAAUUAUGACCUCCUCAACUAUACUUGGAAGUGGUAAAUGCUGUAGAAUGGACCUGAAAAUCGAUAAUGUUAUUGGGAUCGUGAGGGCUUUUGUAAAAACCAACGGAACUGAAACCUUGCGCCAAGUAGCAUUUAAAGAAUUUUAUACUAGAAGUUAUGGCACAAAGAAAUUCUCUUUCAUCGGAAGAAGAAGUUACAAUUUUAAGAUCAUUGUCGUCUACGAUGCAAAUGCUUCAACUAGUUUAAGGAUUGUUUGGAAGAAUUGCGUGGCCAUUGAGAGAGCAAUUGGUACAAUUCUUCCCCUUUGGAGUUACAAUACAUCGGAUUUAACAAUAUAUGACGAAUUCUGUGACUGUAAUGACACCUUAACACAGGUGUUCAAUUGUCAGGGUCCCCAGAAAGGUCUGGUAUUAAGAAAUGCUGAUCAGCUGACAACAAUUACAUCAAAGGCAAUGACCAGCUUCAGUUCCGAAUGUCACCUUUCACUGAUAAUGACCACCACCUUUAAAACAUACAUAGGGGUAUCCAUCCUGUCAUUUAAUCGGACACGCUUUCCUGUCUUCCGUCAGAAUCGAGAUGGAGAUCUUUACACGCACUAUCGCCGAGAAUACAAGAUUCAGAUCGGUCACAUUGGAGAAGACUUUCGUGUACAAAUCCACCUCCAGCGGCUGCAGUUAAAUUCUUUACUUGGUCUGGAAUCUGCAAAGCUUUUAAAUUGUUCGGAGACAUCUGAAUCAGAUGAAUUUAACUGCUCAUCAACCGAGUACAUGUGUAAAACUGGUGUAUGUAUAGAGAAAUGGAAAAGAUGUAACCUAGCAAAGGACUGCUUCCAUGGUGACGACGAGGAGAAUUGUGAGGAGAAAGUGGGACUUUGGAAAUGUGAUUUUGAUGUAGCCUCCAACAAGACCUGUGGCUUUUUGCAGUACGAGAAGAAUCAAUGUGGGGAAUUCAAAAUAAGUCGGGCAAGUUUGUAUGGUAAACCAGGACCAGAACAUACUAACAGGAAUGAUAAAGGAGAUAUGCUUUACUUUGAAAGAAAGCUUUGUCGUAGCUCGUUUUCUGCAGAAAUCAAAACAAAGAAAUUUGACUAUGCUUUGUCGAACAUGCAAGGAGAUAAAUCAAAAUGUACUAUCACAAUAGCAAGCAAAGGGGAAAACUCUUGUUGGUGGAAUUUAUACCUAUGUCAGGAUUCAUGCUUAAAAAGGUUAUUCCGAGGCAAUACAACAAAAGAAUGGAGGACAGACGUGGUGACACUCCCUGUACAAACCGGAAGCUAUUAUGUAAAGAUCAAGGCAAAAGAGAUGUGCGAUUGGAUGGCUGUAGACGAUCUGUUCUUUUCACCAAGUUGCUUUGCAUCAGAGAUCAGGGACAGCGACAUGACUUGGUGGAUUACGAUUGUCGUUCCUGUAGUGUGUUUGAUUGUGUUACUGGAAAUUGCAGUGGUCUCUUGGGCAGUUUGUCAAAGAACUCUCUCUUCAGAAAGAAUCUAUGACUGGCUUUUAGGGUCUUGCAUUCGUAGAAAACACCCGGAAGUAAAGGAUUUCGUGCGAGAAAGCUGUGUUUCUCCUAGUUCUCUCGCUAGGUUCAACGAAAUGUUGACAGAGAGCAACCCAAACUAUGCCUGGCUGUCAGAGCGCGCCCUGAAUGACUGUGUUCGAAACAUUCCUUUUAUGAAAGUUUGUCUAGAUUCAUUACUUGGAGAGGGGUCAUUUGGCCAAGUCUUCAAAGGCAAACUAUUAAAGUAUGGCGACUACAAAGAUGAUAUACCAAUAGCCAUUAAGAAAUUACCUGCGGGAUCAAUGAACGAAAACAUUUCGGAUUUCUUAUUUGAAGCUCUAACUCUAAGCAAGUUUGAUCACAUUAACAUCGUUGGCUGCCUUGGUAUCACUUCUGACCCGAAAGGUGAAUUAUUGUUGAUCCUUGAGCUGAUGGAAGGUGGGGAUUUAAGAAAAUAUCUCAGAGAUCACAGAAAAAACGAGGACCUUAGUGUUCAAGAGCUUUUGAAGAUUUCAAUAGACAUCGCACACGGCUGUCAGUAUCUAGAAGAAAAUAAAUUUAUACACAGAGAUAUUGCUGCAAGGAAUUGUCUUCUUUCAUCACUUGAUACCAACAAGAUCGCAAAGAUUGGUGAUUUUGGCUUUGCAAAAGACAUCUACGGCACUGAUUAUUACAAGAAAAGUGAAAUGACAAUGGUACCUGUUCGAUGGAUGCCUGAAGAAUCUUUUAAAAACGGGAAAUUCUCAUCAAAAUCUGAUGUUUGGGCAUACGGAGUGCUUUUAUGGGAGAUAUUUGCAUUUGGACAACUUCCGUAUGAAGACCUUACGAACUGUGAAGUGAUGGCAAAAGUCAUGAACGGACACAGGAUGGGACAACCAAGGCACUGUCCUGUCCAAGUGUAUAACGUCAUGGGCGAAUGUUGGAACACAGAGCCAGAUAAACGACCUUGUUUUAAGACAGUAGUGACACUGUUGUCCUCAAUAUAUACACAUACUUUUUCCCAGAAUACACAACAAAAUUCUAAUGGGAUAUUCUCUAUGAAAGUAAAUGGCGGGAAACAUCGUUUAAACACUUACUCGUUACCGGAAGAAGCGGAAACAGUGGUCCCCCUUCUUGAAGGAGACUGUAACGUAUCAACCACAGAUGACAAUGUAUUUGAGGCCAACGCACCUGUGUGAUCUGAUAAUAUUCAUAUAAUGAAUUACUUCAUAAUUGUGAUUAAAAAACAAGAUCUUACUAAGAAUAACAUAGAUGGUUUACACAAUAUCUGUCAAGAACUAUUUUAAGAUUUUUUUGUUAGAGAAUUGCCAAUAUUUCAAGUACCGAUCUUUUAGGGUAACAGUCAAAUUUUUUGACAUAUUUAUAGGUAGGAAAAGAUGUGCUGUUAUAAACAUAUAAUUUCCUGUGGUACAAAUGUAAAUAGUAAUUGAUUGUAUACCAUCUGUAAAAUAUAAAAAUAUUUCUUCUUUGGCAAUUGAAAUGAAUACACACUUUUCAAAACCUUUCUCGGAAGAAAACAUGCAUGCAAUACUCUGUUUCUAGCCUUUGUCCAUAGAUCUAGAAGACUUCCUGAGUGUUUUGCUUUCCUAAAAGAAGAAUUUAAGCAAAGUUUGAACGAGUACGUAAAUCCCUUUAUAUAAGCAUUCAUAUCUUUACAGAUUAUCUAAUGUCAGCUUUACUAUGUGAAAUAUCUUUGAAUUCUUCAUAUAUACGAUAUUGUUAGGCAAUACAUCUGGUAACUAUGCAGAGACGGAUCUUCUGAUCAGAGGUUCAUCCCACAUUGUGUUCAUUUUUUUGUCGUAUUUAUAUCCAUCGUGCUGAUAUUUGUGACUCUCAAACUUCUAUUACUCUCCUCCUAAUUGGACAAGUUUUCCGUUAUUAGUUACUUAGUUAUAGUCAAUGUUGUAUCUUCAUACACAAACAGGGUAAAAAUCAUAACGCCUCACAUUGAUCACGGUUUUAUUACAGAGUGGUUUUUUUUUACUGAUAAGUAAUACAUGUGAACAUAACCAGCAUUUCUGUUAUGUCUUUGCUCAAAUUUUAAGAAAAUUGGUAGCCUUCUUUAGAUCUGAAAACCAGAAUUUUUUUUAAAUAAAAUUCAUGGUUAAGACUUCAUGAGAAUUUUAUCAAGAAGUUAAAUUCUUUAUAUUAUUCCUGUUAUUUUAUAUACUUAAAGUUUUACUAGAAUAUAUCUUAAUUUUCUCUUAGCAAAUUUUACCAUAAAGCCUUCUUUGUAAUUGAACUUAAAUAUUAAGAUGAACUAAUCUGAUCAAAAAUAUUUGGGUCAUCUAUUAAGUAUUAUUUCAUUUCAUUUUUAGGACACUGUGGACUACAUUCAUAUUGAUUUCAAUGUAGUGUAGAUGUAGUGCAGAUGCAAAUUAUUUCAAAUCAGGCUCCAAUGUCAUAAAAUGGGGCCGCAGUUUGAGAUCAAUUUAGUUUUUCCCUAGGACAAAAAAUUAAAAGAAUAUAAUCUUAAGAAAUACGGAUUUUUAAGAUUUCACGCAAAUUAACCAUUGUAAUGACGUUUCGAAUUUGUGCAAGUCAUUAACUUUACGAAUAUGUCGACCUUUUCAAAGAGAAAGUUCUACCUUCUUUAAUCUUAAGUCUAAAUAUCUGUAGAUCAAAAUGUUGAUAAAGCGUUUAUUUUGAAGGCAAUAAUAUAUUUAUCAGGAAAAGAAAAGUGGCUACAAUGAUGAUUUCCACUUAAGCCUAUUAUUCAUAAAGUCCCAUUCUUACAAUAAUGUCCUCGAUCCAUAUGGUGGAAAAUCAAACAUGAAUACCACGCACUGCACACGAUUUAUUAGGUCUAAACAUUUACAUGUAUAGCGCGAUUUAGUGGGUACAAAGUAAAACUAAGUAUUUAGAUAAAUCAUAUGUCCAUAAAAAAUUAUAUUCAUUUUUUGGAUAUUUUCUACAUUUAAAGCCCUUGACCACAUACCGUUCAUACUGUUUCGUAUAACGAUAGCCCGGUGAUGGGUGAGAGUACAAACCUUUUGAAUUUAUUUUAUAAUGCUGUUACCCCCCAAAACACAAACAAACACACAAAACAACAACGAAUACUUUGUCGUAGACUGAUACCGAUAUUAUUCAAUAAGUAUUUAUAGUUCAAUUAUUGACAUGAGCGAUAUGACAUCUCAAAAUUUUAAUAUGUUUUUUAAGUAAUUUAUCGGUGAAAUAUUGUACAUGUAUUGUUAUGUAUUAUGCAAUAAAACCCCACUUGUUUCGUGU